AUGGAGAGGGCAGUGGAUUGGUGUAGAGUGAACCAGAAGCGGGGUUUUAACGGUGGGAUGUCUCGCCAUCUAAGAGGACACCGCGAUGCUUCUGCUGGCAGGUCGAAUGGGGAUGAUUUGGGCGAAAUCAAAGACGGUAACGGGAUAAUACACACGACAAGCAGAUCACUGCGGAAAAUCAACUACGCGGAGGUCGAAUCGGGACUUGACUAUCUGGAGAGUGAGGGCGGAGCCGGCGAGGACGUGCCGGGCGAAGAUGCGGCAGCUGGCUACGAGGUAGAGGACGAGUCGCCAGAUCAGGAGAUACAGCGGUCCGGUAGAGCGAGCCGGCGGAGACCUCACGACGCCGAGGAGGAAGAUGAGAGCUUCCACGAGGACGAGGACGAGGACGAGGAUGUAGAGGAUGACGACGAUGACUCUGGCGGCGCAGAGGACCAGUACUAUGCAAGGAAUGAUAGCAAGCGGCGGCGACGAAUGGCCGAUAGGAGCUUUGUGGUACCAGAUCCUGACGAAGGGGAGGACGAGGACGAGGAGGACGGCUUCGAACAGUUCUCGAGGCGGAGAAGGCGUAGUGCUCGGCGGCGUCAAAGGUCGGCUACGCCGCCACCAAGGGUGUCAAGACGAUUGAGAAGUAGAACCCGGCACUCUCUGCAUUUCAACGAUGAGGAAGACCGCCGCAGACACAGUGAGAAUGACGAAGAAGCGCUCUCGCUGGAAGAAGAAAUCAGAGAACUGCAGGAGGAUAGUCCGAUACGCGAGAAGCGCUCGCUACGAGAGCGUACGAAACCUGUCAACUAUGCACUGCCGCCUCCUUUGUCAGAGGCGAAUGUUGGUGAAGCUUUCAGUAGACAGGCCGCUUCGUCGUUCAGUAACGCUUCUCCUCGUCGCGGACGCGGCUGGAAUGCGGGCCAGAAUACGGGCCCAACUCGUAGACUGUUUCCGACAGGUGGUCCCUUCGGAGGGAAUGACGUUACUGCAAUCUUUGGCAAAAACACAAACUUCUACAAUCAACACCCAUCGGCUGAAAACAACAAACUGUUGCUCGACUCAGAUUCUUCUGAGGAUGAAAUUCUACCCAUCGGAGCUUCUGCGAAACCAAAGACUUCGAAGAAAAAAAAGAAGAAGAUGGAAAUCGCCGAUCUUGAUCCUCUCGGUGUCGAUAUGGAUAUCAAAUUUAGCGAUAUUGGUGGUCUCGACAAUUUUAUCGAUCAACUAAAGGAAAUGGUUGCGCUUCCGCUUCUUUACCCUGAAUUGUAUCAAAACUUUAGCAUCACCCCUCCAAGAGGUGUUCUUUUUCAUGGUCCGCCCGGUACUGGUAAGACAUUAAUGGCCCGUGCUUUAGCCGCCAGUUGCUCGUCGGAAGGCCGCAAGAUAACGUUUUUCAUGCGCAAAGGUGCAGAUAUUCUGUCCAAAUGGGUGGGAGAAGCGGAAAGACAGCUUCGACUUCUCUUCGAGGAGGCUAAGAAGCAACAACCAGCGAUAAUCUUUUUCGAUGAAAUAGAUGGCUUAGCUCCAGUGAGAAGCUCCAAGCAGGAACAAAUUCAUGCAAGCAUUGUGUCCACUUUGCUAGCUUUGAUGGAUGGAAUGGAUAAUAGAGGGCAAGUGAUCGUCAUUGGAGCGACGAAUAGGCCAGAUGCUGUGGAUCCAGCGUUGCGGAGGCCAGGGAGAUUCGAUAGAGAAUUUUACUUUCCGUUACCAGAUCUAAAAGCCCGUGCCCAAAUUCUGCGAAUUCACACUAAAAAGUGGAAAAUACCUUUGUCGAAGGACUUCAUCGAACAGCUGGCAUUAUUGACAAAAGGGUAUGGCGGUGCCGAUCUAAGAGCUCUGUGUACCGAAGCAGCCCUCUUGAGCAUUCAAAGAAAGUACCCUCAAAUUUACCGGAGUGAUGAAAAGUUGCUUGUCGAUCCAAAUGAGGUGAAGGUUAGUACCGGUGACUUUAUGCUAGCUCUAAAAAAAAUAGUUCCCUCCUCAGCCAGAUCUACGGGAAAUACAUCCCAGCCUUUGCCUGAUACUGUGAAACCUCUUUUGCUAGAGCAGUUCGAAGAAAUCAAAAGCAUGGUAACCACUAUUCUUCCUGAAGAAGAGAACCCCAUUACAAGCAGUACAUCACUGAUUCAACAUUACAUUGACUAUGAGGACAGUAAUCAACUUAAUGACCGAAGCGGAACUGAUUCGUCAAAGUUUAUGGUUCAUGCAAUUAUCGAGCAGAUUUCUAACUCUCGUGUCUGCAAUCCCAAGCUGCUAUUGACCGGUCCUCCCGGGAAUGGUCAGCAGUAUAUCGGUGCCGCUAUACUGAAUUUCUUUGAGCGCUAUAAUGUUCAGAAACUUGAUCUUGCGUCACUCGUUUCAGAUAGCGGGCGAACAAUAGAAUCGGCUAUUGUACAGAGCUUUUUGGAGGCACGGAAAAGGCAGCCAUCUGUUAUUUACAUACCAAAUCUCGAGAUUUGGAGCAUGGCGAUUCCUGAAUCUGUUAUUCUUACGCUCUCUAGUUUACUCAGAUCCUUGCAGGGUGAAGAACGCAUUCUCUUGCUUGCCGUUUCCGAAUCAUCAAAAGCUACAACCGCAGAUAGCCCAAUAAAAUUUCUCGAGUUUGGAAAUAAUGUGAUCCAUAUCCGAAAGCCAUCUGCAUCCCAAAGGACUAACUACUUUAAUUCCCUUCCUGAACUUCUCAAAAUGAAACCUACUUUUUUCAUAACCACAAGAAAAAGAAGAAAGCCUCUUCCCAAACUGCCUCUGGCAAAAGAUUAUGAUGCGUCAGGAGGUCCGAUUGAUAGUGAAAGAAAACUCGGCUCCGAUGAGAUCUUGAGGAAGAAAUUAAAGUCUUUCCAACAUCAAGAUAUGAGAUUGAAAAAUCUCCUUAAAAUCAAACUUUCAGGGCUGAUGGACUUGUUCAAGAGCAGGUAUAAAAGGUUUAGAAAGCCUCCUAUUGAAGAUUCGAUGUUGAUACAUCUCUUUGAGCCACCAACGGACCCUAAUUGGCAACCCGCGUAUGUGAAAGACGAUAACAUGAUCUUGGAAGUUGCGACCGGACGGAAGUUUUACAAUAUGGAUCUUGACCUGGUCGAGGAGCGCUUAUGGAACGGCUAUUAUUCGGAACCUAAACAAUAUCUAAAAGAUAUUGAGCUGAUUUACCGCGAUGCUGCUACCACUGGUGACAGGGAGCGGAUCAUUAAAGCUUCUGAGAUGUUCGCGAAUGCCCAAAUGGGGGUUGAAGAGAUGUCGACCUCCGAUUUUAUUCAGGAAUGCAAGGCCACUCGACAGAGGGAUCUUGAAAGACAGGAACUAUACUUACGUGAUGAAGAGGCGAAGAUUGAAAGAGAAAAGCGUAAGAUGCAGGAAAGCGAAGUUGCAAAAGAAGAUGGACAACCCGAAAAAACUACGCAGGUUGGCGUUGCAUCAGGAAAUCAAUUACAGGCUCAGCUGCAAGCGGUAGCGCCUGCUGCUGAUGCUUCGUCAUAUCAUCAAUAUGAGGACCAAAAUCAGGACCAAGAUGAGGACCAAGAUGAGGACCAAUAUGAGGACCAAGAUCAGGACAAAGAGGAUAAAAUCAAAGAGUUAGCUGAAGACUCAACAUCAGCUGGAGCAGAAGACGAAGAAACGCCCGAACGCUUCUCUGUCUCGGAUCAAGACACGGAAGAAAAGGGUGUUAUAGAUGAAGAUAUUCAAAACAAUCCUCAACUCGAAGAUCAAAAGUUUACUCAUUCGAAUAAUUCCCCGACGAAAGGAAAAGAUAGCGAAGACAUGGGGGAUGAAAAGCCAGAAGAUCGUCACGAUGAGCAGCAGGGCGUUCAAGAAAGUGAAGAAGAAAGCGAUGAUGAACAGCAACGGGAGCUGCUUAUUGACGAGGAGAAGCUGACGAAGAUAGUGACAAUCUUAGUGAAGAAAACCAAUGGUUUUACGGUAAGGCAACUCGAACAACUCUACUCAGAAAUCGUGCGAAUUGUAUGGCCAGAUCGCUUUCUUUGGGAGAAAAGUAAGACUAUGGAAAAAAUCAUGAGUUGUAUCACAGACGUAUGA